CGUCCGUCGGCUUACUCGUCGCUCGCGCGUUGGCGGCAAAAUAACCGCGUCCCUCGCUACAGCGUCGUCCGCGUCGGUCGGUGUGUGCGUGACACGCGCGCGCGGCGGUCGAAUCGUCUUCGCGUUGAUUUCGCGUUUCCGUCGCGGCGUGAUCGUUAUCCGCGCGCGAUAAGCGGCGGCGAUAUCAUUUUGAUCGUUUGCGAUACCGUCCGGCGCGAUGUGCCGUUUCCGUGGUCGUUGCGACGUCGCCGGCUGUUGCCGGUGGUGAAUCGGCGACCCGUCAUUGGUCCGGCGAGCGCGAACCCCCGCGAACACGGCCAACCGUAACGCCGUCGUUUUGUAACGAUUCGGACAUAGGUACAUGAUAUAUUGUUAUUGUUAUACGGCCCAUACGUCGUCUUUCGAAUGGUAGUCAUACUUAUCGUGCCUGCACCGACGUCGCCCGGCAAUGGGCCUGGGAGGUACGCCGGCGGCGGCGGCGGAGGAGUUGUCGACCCGGCCAGGAGCCCCGGCGACAGGUCCACCUCGACCACGUCCAUAUCGUUCGUGUCGUCUGAUAACUCGUCGUAUUGUUUUUCGCAGGUCGAUCCGGACAAUGUGAUUGCCACCACCAAAGAAGAAGAAUGGGUGACUAAGAAAAAAGUUGAAUUGACUACCAAAAAACAAAUCGAAACGAGAGUUAAAAGACAAGUCGUGUUGGAAGACGGUAAAAUCGUCGAGGACUCUGGGCCAAUAGUUACGACUAACACGACCGAAGAUACCGAAAAACAGGAACAUCAACAGACCGAACAUCGUCAAUUGGGUGAUGAAGGCGGCGACGGAGAAAAUACCAAAGAAGUGGUCGUGAGAAUAUCUUCAUUGGAAGGAAACCCAUCAUUGUUGAAAGAAGUUCGAGAGAAAAAAAUCAAGAGCCGAGAAGAAAAAGAAGAGCUAGUAGAAACAGAGGACGUAGUCCACCUAGGAAAUAUCAGCGAUAAGGCCUAUCAAGAAGCAAUACAGAGUAAACGAGAUAUUCGUGAAGCUCUUGAAGAAGCCAAUCACAAAUUGGUUCACGUAAACAGCACUGGGCCCAGGGUAGUACAUCAGAGUACUAAAAAUAAAAAAGUAACAGACACAGAAGAUACUAGACACACAAGAGAAGUUCAAAAAGAUGGUAAAAUCGUUACAGAAACAUCAAAAACUACCGAACACGAAGAGGUAAACGGGGUUGAUGAACCAGACAGUGUUCCAUUACCACUCUCAGCACAACAAGAGUUGUUGCGUGAAAGUUCACAUCGAUACGCCAAGACCAAAGAUCAAGAAUUAGUUGAAUAUUUAGCAGAUGGUGAAAAGAUUGGAGAACAAAUGCGUUACGAAGCAACUAACGAAGAAGGAGAUCGACUUGGUGACAUCAAUCAACUACAGAUGAUGGCAAAUGCGGGCGAGUUGGCUGGUUGGGAGAGCUUAUCGGAAAGAAUACGCAAGAUGCGUGAUAGACAACAACAACCGGUUGCCGGAAAAACUCUUGCGGACUUUGAUGAAGAAGAACGUACUAGAAAAGUAGAAACAGCUAAAUGGCUAGAGCAUCAUUUUGGUAGCGAAUCGACCAGGUCGUCUACAGGAAACUUAUCAGAAGAAGAAGCAGAUGAUCGAGGACAUCAAAAGACCACGUCCAAUAGUUUCAUAAACGUGACUAUGAAAUCAACAGAAACACCAGCUAAUGGAUACUUCAAAGGAGUGUCUGAAUGGAAAAAUAAUGAUUCGAUUCCUAUUAAACCACCAAUCAGGAGAAAAAGAGAACAAAAAUCCGAAAUUAUUAAAAAUACUGUUAAUGAAUUAGAGUCAUCUCCGUUGUUUAAUUCAGUCCAACAAAGGGUCCAGGGAUACGAAAUGACUAAAGAUAAGUUGUCUGGACGUAAUGCGAUAAAUGGUUUUAAUCAAUCGCAUCACAACGGAUAUACUCAGACUGCGGCUACUACCGAGAGACGUCACGACUCAAUCGAAUCGUCGGCGCCGUCGGACGCGUACCGGUCAUGGGACCACCGCCGGCGGCGAUCAGCGGAUGGCCAACGCAAUAACAAAUCGACAGCCGCAGUGGCGCCAGAACCGAAACCAGACUAUUCGCCCGAACCCGAACGGCGAGCCAGCAACGGAUCGUCAACGGCGGGCGGGCGUUCGAAAAAGGUGUACCAGAAGACGAGGUUUGCGGCGGACGCGCGACCAGCGCCUGACAACGGCGGCAACGGCAAACAGGAGCGGAAGAAAUCGUUCGGCGAGUCGUUCCGGCGGCUAGUGGGCAAGUUCACGGGUGGCGGACACGGCAGCAAGUCGGACGCCGAUCGGAAGAAAAACCGGAAGAAACCGGAAUCGGCCGAGCGACGGUACGCCGACAGCGGCGACGACGGCGACUACGGUUACGGCGGCGGCGACGCCGAGAACACCUACAGGAGUUACGACGGCGGCGUCAGACCAGCCGCCGACCGUCAUCAGCGGUUGUUCGGCAGCACGCAGACGUUGGAUCGACACCGAGCUGGACGGACGGCCGACAACAACCGCAGCAACAAGGCUCGCGACGACGACUACGACUACGACGACUACGAAGACGACGACAACGUUCACCGAUACAACGAGCACCGGGUCCAGGACGCCAGAGGAUCAUCGCCGGUGAUGAACGGCGGCGGCAGGACCGGCAACGGAGUGCACAGAUACUACUUGGGCGAGGACCCUUUCGGCGGCAGUAUUUACGGCCGCGAAAGGGAAUACGACGGCGGCAAGCGCAGACCGCACAAGAAGAACGGCGGCAGCGGCACAUUUGACUCGCCCCAACAUCACCACACUCAUUACGUCCAGAGGACUAUACCAGUGAACACGACCAGUACUACUUUGGGUCGGUUUAGUAAAUCUACAGGACGUUUGUUAGCUGACGAUUACAACAAUAGCGUGUCAGAUAGAGCUCAAACGCUGCCGAGAAAACUACGAACGGAGAGCAAAAUAAAAAAACAGGUGCACGCGUCCCGGGAGAACGAUUACGGCGGCGUUACGAAUCGGUCGGCGGCUAACUCCGGGAGCAUGAUCAACGUAUCGUUCGCCAACGGGCCAACAAAGCCACAGCGGACGUUCUCAAAACCGUCGUUGCUUCGGAGCCAGAGUUUCAACGUGCAACCAGAUCCGGGACACUUGACGCGCCGGUCGGUGAGCACGUUGCACCGGCUGGAAGAGUCACCGCCGCCGCUUAAGAGCCCGAACAUCGUAAGCAUGUUGAGCAGGAGCACCAAGGACCUGUCGGUGGGCGCAGACGACGGAUACAGAUCACUGUCCGGCAGUUGGGCCAGCCCGGGAGAGCUGAGCAACGGCACCGGAACCGCGUACCGGCGGGACGAUCCGAAGAAAAAGAUCUUUAUGAAGGGCUUGCUGGACCACGCGCCCGAGCUGUACAAGACACUCAGCCACCAGGAGGACACGACCACUGGCCGACGGUAUUCGCCCGUGAAAAUGGACAGGCCUUACUCGAGCAGCGGUCACUCGUCGUCGCCGACCAUCAGGCACGGUAACGGUGAGGUUACCAAUCGGAGUGUAACACGCCGGGGCAGUAAGGACGAUUACACCGAGACGGUACGGAUCACGUCCAAGUCAGACGAUCCGUACCGACCGAGCGUCACCAACACGGUUCAGAACUUCACAAAGAAAAAGGUGCCCAGAGACGGACGAGUGGAAACCAUCGAGUCGACCGAGACCAAGACGGUGACCAAGAGUCGGUACAACGGCGGCGACACCAUUAACGGGUAUAACAGCAUCGGUGGCGGCGGCGUAGUGAUCGAGGUCAGGAACGGCAGAAACUGAUGUAUCAAUGCAAUACAGUGUAACCUCUAAAUACCGAACAUCGUCGGUAGUCGACACUUGUUUGUUCGUUAUUCAGAGCGAUCUGUUUGGAGUCUAUUCCUCCAAAUUCGGGGGGGGGGGUGUCUGUUAUGGGAGGUUUCGCUGUAACGAUAAUAUAACACGAAAUCAACCUUUAUUAUUAUUGCUAUCGUCGUCGACACCGCCGAUCGUUAUUAUAAUUAUAAUAUAAUAUUAUGAAGUAUAU